AGAAUCAUGAAUGGCCAAAUAACGCCAGGUAUAGUUCCAACAGCACCUAUUGGAGGGAAUCUUCAAGCUAGUGUACCACCAGCAAGUCCUUUUACUCCACAACCUGAAUUUAUCAAAGCCCCACAUGAACUAAUAACAACUGUUGUUCCAUUGGGUCCACAUAGCACUAGAAUGGUUUGUUACAAUUGUCGCCAAGAAAUCACUACAAAUACAACUUACAAACCAAGUGCAUCAGCUUACAAGUGUAGUGGGUUGUGUUGUUUAUUUGGAUGUUUUUGGGGACCAUGUUUAAUUCCAUUUUGUAAAGACUCAUUCAUGAACGUGGAACAUCGAUGCCCUAAAUGUAAAACUUUCUUAGGUCAAUUUGUUCGAUAAAUUAAUCAUGUUAUCAGAACAUACUAAUCAGAAUCUGAGUUUACAUUUUAAAGGAAAAUAUUUUUUUUAACCGCAUUACUAAAAUCAUCAUUAAAAUUUUAUACAAUUGUUAAUUGAAGUCAGAUAACUGAUUCAUACCCUUGAUGAAUAAAAUAAUAUUAAUUGUGUUAUGCAUAUCUUAGAAAGGGCAACUAAUGAGUUAAAAAAUAUAUUUUUGCACUUAUAUUAACAUAUACACUGACCAGUAUUACCUUAAGACUUAUUGUGUUGUGCCUUACUUAUCUUGCCUUAGUGAUAAAAUGAAAGAAAAUUCAAUUGUACAUCACUUUAUUAAAUAGUUACCUAUUUUAUUUUUGUUAUAAUGGAAUAAUAUUAAUUUUAAGUUUCAAUGACCUAACAAUUUUUGUAUUAAUGUUAAUCUUAACAUAUUGUUGUUUUUAUUUACUUUUGUAAAUUAUUUUUGUUAUGACUACUAAUAUAAUUUAUUAAA